UGUUCACCGUGAAGAUGUUCGACAACACCAUGUGCCGCAUGUACUACCAGCACGACGACGAUGCCAGCAAUGGGAGCAGCAGCGGGGAUGACGAGGAGCAGCCUAUUCUGGCUAACGACGACCCUGCUAUGGUGGUGGCGGAUGACGACCUUGCUAUGGUGGUGGCUGACGAUGACCCUGCUAUGGUGGUGGCUGACGACGACCUCGCGAUUGUGGUGCCUAAUGAUGACCUCGCAAUGGUGGUGCCUGACAAUGACCUCGUCAUGGUGGUGGCGCCUGCAAUCCCACAGCUUGGCGACAGGACCAUGCCAAUUGUGGUAGAGGAGUAUAUCCGCGUUGGGAUUCGCCACUCUGAGCGCAUCAGGUUGAUGAAGGAGAAGAAGGAGGAGUGAAGAUGUUAAGAAAUGAAGUGGCAAUGUUAAGC